AUGAUCGGUGCCCACACCGACUCGCCGGUGUUGCGGGUGAAGCCGGUGAGCAACAAGCGCGGCGAGGGAUUCCUGCAGGUCGGAGUCGAAACCUACGGUGGAGGCAUCUGGCAUACCUGUAUCCUGCAAUUUCCGACGAGAGAGUUCAUUGCUGACAUCGCAGUCCUUCGAAUCCCAACGCUGGCCAUUCACCUGGACCGCCAGGAGAACUUUGCCUUUAACAAGGAGACCCAGUUGUUCCCCAUUGCGGGCCUUGUGGCCGCAGAGCUCAACCGGACGGGCGAGACCAAGGCCGAACCGGCUACCGAGGGUGAAUUUGAGCCCUUGAAGUCGGUGUCAGAGCGCCACCAUCCCUACUUUGUGGAGCUCAUUGCAGCCGAAGCUCAGGUUAACCCUACUGACAUCCUGGAUUUCGAAGUCAUUCUUUUUGAUACCCAGAAGGCCUGUCUGGGUGGGUUGCUGGAGGAGUUUAUCUUUUCUCCCCGACUGGACAACCUGAACAGCUCCUACUGUGCCACUGUGGGUCUCAUUGACUCGGUCGCCGACAAGUCGGCUCUGGAUAAUGAAUCCUCCAUCCGUCUCAUUGCUCUGUUUGACCACGAGGAAAUUGGCAGCCGUACGGCGCAGGGUGCAGACUCCAAUGCUCUUCCUGCAAUCAUCCGCCGGCUGUCGGUACUCCCCUCAUCGUCUUCUAAAGAGACUGACCUGUCGACUGCCUACGAGCAAACUCUCUCUACCUCGUUCCUGGUCUCCGCCGACAUGGCCCAUUCGAUCCACCCCAACUAUUCUGCCAAGUACGAGUCCGACCACAAGCCGGAGAUCAACAAGGGCCCUGUGAUCAAAAUCAAUGCCAACGCGCGGUAUGCCACCAACGCACCUGGGAUUGUCUUGUUGCAGGAGGUGGCACGGAAGACCACAAAGGAGAGCGGUGAGCAUGUUCCUCUGCAGCUGUUUGUGGUUCGCAACGACUCGAGCUGCGGCAGCACUAUUGGCCCUAUGCUGUCUGCAGCAUUGGGAGCUCGCACCCUGGAUUUGGGUAACCCGCAGCUGAGUAUGCACAGCAUCCGCGAGACGGGUGGCACCUAUGAUGUUGCCCAUGCGAUCCGUCUGUUCACUGGCUUCUUCCAGCACUACUCGGAUCUCUCCAAGACCAUUUUUGUGGAUUGA